AUGUAUGCCUACCCAGUUUUUCGCCGCCAGUCAGCCGGGUCGACCAGACUUCUCAUGGCGCCGUCGGAGGAGGCAAAGAAAGUGGAAAGUGGGAAGUCUGGAAGGGCUAAACCCAAAGAGGAGGUGCUGGCAGAGGCCACUACUUUUGUCACUGGCCACAGUGGAGACCCCACUGACAGGUUUUUAGUACUGGCUCACUGCAAGCUUCAGUUUGGCAUGUACCAGGGCCAGAGAUUUAGAUGGCUCCUGGAGAACAGUCUUGGCUAUGCAGUGUAUUUAGUGCAUAGUAUUGCUAGGGAAACAGUGCAGGCAAACCCUCUGUCAGAGAAUAAACAGCUGUUCCAGCAGUACACUUCUCGCAUCAGAGAGAUGACAGAGGAACUGGAGAAGUUUAGGAAGAAGCAGGAAAUGCAGGCUAAAGCGCGGGAAACUGGAGACCAGGGCUGUUUGAUGGUGGAGUUCGGAGAAUUCCAGGGCCGCUCCAUGAAGGAGGUUUAUGAGGACCAGAGCAAAGAGGCCCAGGCCCUCAUCAAGUACCUGGUUAAAGCAGAUGCCCGGCCCAACACCAACAUGGCCAUUUUCAAGGCAUAUGUCUUGAAGAGACGCACAUCUGCCUCCAGAGCCUCUGCACCUCCACCUGCAGCCUCCAGAGCCUCUGCACCUCCACCUGCAGCCUCCAGAGCCUCUGCACCUCCACCUGCAGCCUCCAGAGCCUCUGCACCUCCACCUGCAGCCUCCAGCGCCUCUGCACCUACACCUGCAGCCUCCAGAGCCUCUGCACCUACACCUGCAGCCUCCAGAGCCUCUGCACCUACACCUGCAGCCUCCAGUGCCUCUGCACCUACACCUGCAGCCUCCAGCGCCUCUGCACCUCAACCUGCAGGAAUCCAAACGGGCACAUGGAAGCCUGCCACUGUGAAAGCGCUGCUGGCACGUGGCAAAAAGAUGUCUCCCUCACAGCUGGCCAGAAAGCUGAUGUCACCAGUUAAACCCUCUCCAGCACCGCGGUGCACCUUAACUCCAGCUGCAAAACCCCCGACCGAACACAUGGCCCACCGGCAGCUUUUCCCUACUUGGACUUCUGAGGCUGAUGAUGAGGAACUGGUAUCUGCUGCAUCGCAAUGUGAAGCACAGCUAGAUACAGCUCUUGCAACCACUGUGCAUCUGGAGGCCUGUGCCGAUCCCCCUCCAGUAGCGAUACCAGGUCUUCUUGUUCAUCAGCCACCAGCUGAGCUUCCCAGUCACUGGAAGGAUCAGCUUCCACCUUUCCAGCAAGAGUGGAUUCGGCACACAUUGUUCAAGGCCAACCCACGAACCGGCAAGCCAGAGCUAGUGGCCCAGCUGAAACUUUGGUGGCAUCCACCUCAGCCCCUCCUCAUUCACACCCAGCCUCCCGCCUCACCUGACCACUUCUUCUGUCGGCCGCUGUUCUUAUGGAUGCCCCAUAAGAUGUGGCUGUUUCCUGUUGUCUGUGUUCGUCCAGCCUGUGGCAAGCACCGACUAACAGCAGCAGGACUGUACCGAACAGUGCGCAAGGUGUUGGACAUUGACGGGUGGUAUGACCUUGCCACUGAGUACCUGGAGUGCAAACGCUGCUCAAAAAAGUAUCCUGCUUGGUCCGAGGACAUCUUAUCACAGCUGGAUAUGGGCCACCGCAGCCAGUUUCCAGCGUUGCUAACAUACAGAUACUCUUGUGACAUCCGGGUGCUGAGAAUGAUGAGGGAGAGGACAAUGGGCAACAGUGUGACUCAGCUGUACAAAAAGCUGCUGGAACAACACAGCGAAGCAUGGACGCAGCGUGUCCUGCAGUACCUGACAGCUUGUGAACCAUUCACAAGGUUUUCUGUUGUGCGCCCCCCUGCUUUCGCUGAGCCUCCCCUCUUAUCUGCCCUUCCCAAGCCUAAGUGGCUGUUAGCUGUGUAUGCCAGGGAUGUUCUAGGGCGACUGCAUGAGGUGAAGGCCAAAAUAACCUCCAUCUUUGGCUCUGUCCUCAAGAUGGACUCCACAAAAAAGGUCACCAAGAAACUUGCUGGUGCUGCUGCAGGUACAGCUGCCUGGUGCACCAAUGUGGGAAAUGAGCACGGUCAAGUUCUUGUCUCAGUCCUGACAGCCGGUGAGGGACAAGCACUGGACGCUAUGGCUGCUGGCCUGAUGAAGCGGUACAGGGAGGCAGGAGAGGUGGCACCCAAAAUCUUGUACGUGGACAGAGACUGCUGCAGUCAGCAUGGCCCUUGUCGGGUGAAGGCCAUGUUUUCAGAGUGGGACGGGCUUCAAGUGCGCCUUGAUAUAUGGCAUUUCAUGCGCCGGUUUGCUGCAGGCGUCACAACAGAGGCUCACCCUCUGUACGGCAUUUUUAUGGCACGCCUGUCCACGUGCAUAUUUGAGUGGGAUCCGGAGGAUGUUGCUGCUCUUCGCCGCGCCAAGGAGGGUGAGCUGGCAGCAAGGAGGAUUGGCCACAUCUCCGAGGAGGCGGUGACCACUCGCAUCACCCGGAGGGAGUUGGCGCUGCACUGCAGGAGGAAGACCAGAGGGGUGGAGGAGACCAUCAGGCUGAUUGGGUCACUGAUCGGUCUGUUUGACGGUGCAAGUGGGAAGGACACUCUGGGCGUUCCUCUGCUGGACCACGAACGCAUCCAGCAGAUAUGGCAGGAGCAGGAGAAACACGUGGGCUGUAUCCAAGACCCAGAGGACUUCCUGCUCUACAUCAAGACAGGCACCCUGAAGAAAGGAGGUGUGGAGCUGUGCUGCUACAGGUGUGCCCGUGGCUCUACCUCCCUGGAGUCCUUCCACCUCCACCUAAACAGAUUUAUUCCAGGUGAAUUGCUGGGAAUGGAGUACUUGUACAACCAGACCGGCAAAACACUGACUCCAGUGCUCCAGAACCCAGAGGAGGAGGACAGGCUGGUGGAGGAAGUCAGUGAUGAGGACGUACAAGAUGAGGGAUUUGCAGAAGAGAUCACAGAGGACAUCACAGUUCCUGUGCUCGAGGAGGAUGACCCCUGCCGUCAUCUGGAGAACAGGCCCUCACCGUUGAGUCCUCAGGCCCCUCCACCUCAGGCCCCUCCACCUCAGGCCCCUCCACCUCAGGCCCCUCCACCUCAGGCCCCUGCAUCACCUGCUGAUCUGCCGUCCACGUCACGUGAUGGAGGACAACAUCCUGCUGCUGCCCCUUCAGUGCUGCCUGACACCUCUGAGGCUACACGGGAGAGUGAAAAUAAUCUGUCCGACGAGGCUCAGGGAGCAGUCAUUGGACCGGAUGGGAUCGCUGGGUGGGACAAGGUCCAGGAUCUCGCUGCUUACCUGGUGGGUCUCCGUGAGGUGUCUUACCUCACUGAGCUGCAGGUGAUCCAGGUCAUCCAGCUGUGGACAGCUCUCCCUGAAGGCGACAAGGAGCGGGUCGACUACCAGCCUCGUCAUCAGCAGCGACUGACAAGUGGCCGUUUUAAGGCUCCCAAGCGGUCUGGAGUCACGCCGGGUGUGGAGAGCGUGAAGCGCUGCUUGAUAGGACAUCCUGGGGGGCCAGCUCAGUGGCCCAACACCAGCCGCUUGGUUGAGGCCAUGUGCAUAAGGCUGUGCACUUUGCACAAGAAAACCACCAAGAAGGCUGGAUUGUCCACCCCCAGAUGGUCUAAAAUUCUCGGCGACUAUCACCACAUCCGGGACUUAGUGCUCAACAGUCCAAGGGUUAUGGUGGAGACAAUGAUCCAGCUGUUUGAGCUUAAUCAGCGGACACUCAUUCAAUGGUUUCAACGGAGGCUGAAGAGCCAGGAGAUGAGUAUCCUUUCUCAGGGAAUGGCUCCAACCAACCUGAUUCCUGUGGCACCUGACCAGCUUCCACCACCGAAGGAACGACUGCAGCUCCUUCCUUCAGCAUCAGGCCCACGGCAUGAAUUUGUCCUCCCUCCAAAUCUGGAAGGGCAGGCUCCUGUUUUGCGGCCAGGCCGACGGCCAGCUGCUGCCACCAGGGAGUGCCCCAUCGCACCUGCCCCCACGGCACCAGACAUUGCACAGCCCAUUGCAGCUCCUGGGAUGUUGCCUAGGGUAGGGAUUUGCAUCCUCAACCCAGACAACACUGUGGCCUGCGUACUGCCAGCUUCUGGUGCCUCAACAUCCAGUGCAGGCCCAGCUCCACUUGUUCCUGCACCUGCUACUCCUGUGUCCCGGUUCACGCACAGGAACAGGCGCCAGCGGGCCCUUGAGGAGGAGAGUGGAGUCCACAAGAGGAAAUAUGCAAGAGGGGUCACCUACAAUACCUGUAGCCAUUGUGGGCAGCCCAAGACAAAGGAGUUUGGGCACAGUCGUCAUGGCAGUGCCACCUUCUGCUCACGUGCCUCAAAUGGCAAAUCUCUUGAAGAGUGGUUGGCAGAACAGAGAGCAGAAAAAUAAGUUUUUAACUAUGUUUUGCUUGUAUAUAUUUUAUAUUGUGUGUUUGCGUGUAUAGUUCCCUGUAUGUAUAUAGUUUUAUAUAGUGAUAAUCUGAAGAGUGUGUUUUCAUUUCAAUACUUGUUUAUUUUACAUAAGUUUUUAUCAAUGUUUUGCUUGUAUAUAUUUUAUAUUGUGUGUUUGCGUGUAUAGUUCCCUGUAUGUAUAUAGUUUUAUAUAGUGAUAAUCUGAAGAGUGUGUUUUCAUUUCAAUACUUGUUUAUUUUACAUCUUGUGUUCAGAUACAUUAAAUCUGAUUAUACCAACAUUUAAGACUCAGCCUGUGCAUCAUCAAAAAAGCUCC